AGAAAGAGCUCGCGUGUGAUGUGUUUGUGUAUCCUCAGUGUUUUUCUCUCUUGAGUGUUUUAUUGAGUGUAAACAGAGUCUUGUCUCUGUGUAUUUUAGUGUUGAUGAUGGAUGAGAUGUGCUGUAAAUCAGUAGGAACUGAUCUGUCCAUGCUGGAUAUUGAUGAUUUCAUCACAGAAAUCUCUCAGCUGAAGAAAGAGGUGGCGUUACUGGAGACAAAGCUGAGGUUAAGAGGAGAUGAAGGACUGAAGAGAGAGGACUCCGAGCUCAGUCUGACUUUACUCUGUUAUACUGAGUCAAAGCCCACAGACGCUCAGGACACUACAGUGUGUGACAGUAAUCAGGGCUUACAGGAUGAGGAAUCUACUGAUCAAACCUCCACAGAGUCUCUGGAUUCUGUCUGGAACGCUGGAGAACAGCAGCAGAUCCUGCAGACCAAACUCAAGAUGUGUUCAGUCAAUCUGGAGGACUGCAGGAACCUCAUGAUAGAGAUGGGAAAAGAAACCACAGAAGAGGAAGAUAACACUGAGGAAGAAGAUGAGGGUUGUGGUGAGGAUUUUAUUCCUUCAGAUAAGAAAAGUGAUUUAUGUUUUGAGGGAGAAAUAACGUCCUUAACAUCAAAACGGCGACGGACAGCACAAACUUUUUCCUGCACCACCUGUGGAAAGACAUUGAGCUCACAGGGACAUUUAAAGAGACAUGAGAGAAAACACAAUGAAGAGAAACUCUUCACCUGCAGGAGAUGUAAGAUCAGCUUUACUACCUUACAAGAGAAGAAACUUCAUUCAGAAGAGCACAGAGAGAAGAAGUUACACUGUGAGAAAAGUGAUGAAAAGUUUUUCCAAUGCACUGAAUGUGGCAAAUAUUUCAGUACCAAAGGAAAUCUUGAUGCUCAUCAGAGAAUUCACACAGGAGAAAAACCAUACGAGUGUCCUCACUGUAAAAAGAGAUUUAGAUACAAACCUUAUCUGAAGAAACAUAUGCGUUUACAUACCAAUGAGAGACCGUAUCAGUGCAGUGAAUGUGGAAAAACCUUUAGGCAGCUAUCUUCUCUAAAGUCACAUCAAAAAAUACACAGUGAGGAGAAACUCCAUCAAUGUUCACACUGUGAUAAACGUUUUCAUCAUAAAGGUCAGUUGAUCGUUCAUGAAAGAGUUCACACUGGAGAAAAACCUUAUCUCUGCUCUCAGUGUGGUAAGAGCUUCUCUAAUCCAUCUCAUUUCAGUGUUCAUCAGAGAGUUCACACUGGAGAGAAACCUUAUCACUGUAAUGUCUGUGGGAAGAGUUUUAAUGUACAAUCACACUUUGCAAAGCACCAGAGAACUCAUACAGGAGAAAGACUUUACAAAUGCUCUCAGUGUGAGAAGACGUUUGCUCGAUCAGAUGUCCUGAAGACGCAUGAGAGAGUUCACACUGGAGAGAAACCUUACCACUGCUUGAUCUGUGGAGAGAGAUUUGCAUAUUUAGGAAGUUUUUAUACUCACAAGAAGAAACAUACUGAAGAACAAACUACACUGAAAUCAUCAUAGCGUCUUUUAACUUUGGAAUAAUUCAGUUUAAACACACAGUUCUUAUAUUCUUGUAGUCUUUUUUUUGUGAAAUUAAUUUUCUGGUAUAUAUUGUAUUUUCUGGUUUAUAAGUCUUCAAAAUUUUUAUUACCUUGCAUGCAUGUCUGCUUAUGACCAAUAUGCUUGCAUGGUAAUACUAAUUUUGAAGAAUCUUGAUACUUGCGCCCAAACUGUGGAUCUUUUUAGAAAUCAUUAUAUUAUUAUUGAUUUCUAAAGGAUUUUUGAUAAAAUAUAUGCAGGCUUGGUGAGCAUAAGAGACGUCUUUCAAAAACAUUAAAAAUUGUAAUGUGUCCAAACUUUUGGGUGAUACAGUAAUUCUGUAUGAUAGCAGAAAACUGGCUAACAGAAUGUAGAAGAAAGAGCAUCACAGCUUGAGCUAGCUACAUGAUAGCUAGCAUCAUAAAUGUUCAAUGAAAUAAUGCUAGCUUAUAUGGAGAUAUCUGAUUUACUGGCUAGCUAGCUAGCUUCUGUAUAAACACAUUUGCUAGUUAAACUAUAAUACCAUAUAUCAAAUAUAUUU